AAUUUAAGCAAGAGAAUAUUUUAAAGAUUAAUCUGAAAUGCCAUGUUGAUAAUGAAGUUGAUAAUGUAAGUAAUUUAGAUAAAUGAAGACAUUCUUUCAUAUAUUAUCAAUUAAAAAGAUUAAUUUUGUUCAUUACUUUAUAAAAUGUAAGUCUAAACUGCAAGAUUAUUUCUGGGCUGUGUUACGGUAUAUUUAUUUACUGAAACUUUGCAUAAAGGUAAUUUGGAGACUGCAUCAUUAGUCAAGGAUAAGUCAGAUCACAGCAAUGAAUUCCCUAAAGACAGUUAAUGUAAAGCAGUUGGAAGAGGAGUUCAAAUCCCAAUUUCCGGAUUUGUCUAAUGAAACCAUACUGGCCUGCAUUAAUCAGCAUGGGCCAGAUAAGGAAACGUGCAUCAAGAUCUUGAAGGACAUAAAACAAAAUUACAUACCAUUGCAACAGAUGGAUAAGUUUAACAGCGAGGAAUUGAGUGAUAAGCAAGAAAUUUACGAUUUUAAAUUCAACAAUUAUGGCUUUCAAGACGAUCACAAACCUUUAGUAAAAGAUAUGGAUAAUCUGCUGAUUGUCGACAGAAAAGAAAACGUGGAUCGGAACCGCAUUGGCAAUGAAAAUUCCACUGCGGUGCUGGAAAACCAGUCGAUCCAUGUGACAAAUGGCAACUUUCUGCCUGCACGGAAAUCAUCUGCAUCCAAUGUGUACGAGCUGUCGUCUCAUUACGCAUUUAGUUCGGGAUAUGGAGAUGUUCCACAGAUCAGAAAUGCAUACAUGGUCGACCAAGGCAGAAUGCCCAAAGUAUCAACGCAGUAUGUUCCUAAUUAUGCUAGAGGCUUUUCUUAUCCCGUCACUAAUAAUGGAAAUGUUCCCUACAAUUCGCAAUUCCCUCAUCCUGUUUCUUGCUCUGGAUUUUCCGGAGAGAUGAAGACAAAAGAUUACAGCAUGCCGCUUUACGUGAUGGUCACGUCAGCUUCAACUUAUUCUUCCCCAGUAUUGACGACAGCCCAGCCACGGCUGGUGCUGCAGUCUCCCAACCUUCCGCAGUCAUCUUACUAUCCUCCAGUAUUAUCUCACUUAGCUCCUCCAUAUCAUGCCACCAGGAUAUCUCCCAUACCAUUUUCUCACUCGUCUUCGUCUUCCUCAUCUCCACACUAUCCGACUUCUGUCACUCCCACUCCCCCUCCACCUCCCCCUCCCUCUCUUUCCACUUCCAAUGCAAACGGUCCUCCCCUCAUUACAUACACUUAUCAAGGGCAGUUUUAUUUUGCUGAAAAUCAUCAGAGAAGCAACGAAAUGCCAAAUCUUCAAAAUUACAAAUUAUAUUCUGAAAAUACAUCCGGAAAUAUCAUGAACCAGAACACCAUUUUCAAUCUGCCGACUGCGAUCACGCCUCAACUUUCCGAAGUACUGUUUAUACCAGAUCACCAGAUCAAAGAAGUUAAAGAAAAUAAAGUCGAAAAGGCUUAUGAGAAAGCUCUUAUCGAUCAUCAGAAGAUGCAACUUCAAAUGCUACACUUUGAAUUAUAUAAACACAAACAGUUUUCUUAUGCGUUGAGGAAAGAUGUAAACUUGCUAGAAGAAAGACUACAGGGAAAACGGAGAAAUGAAUUUAUUAAUAUGGAAGAAAUACAGAAACUAAGAGAAGAAAAUAUGCAGUUGAGGGUUGAUUGCAAGUGCUUGACCUUAGAAGUGGACAUGCAACAGAAAGGGCAGAUGCGUUUGGGGGUGGUUGACGAAGGAUUCUACAAAAACAUCUUUACUGGCCCGCCUAUUCCAAAUCUUAACUCAGAGAAGAAACUAAAUCUCACUCCAGCUGCUAGUAAAGGUAAUCGGUAUGAAGGAGAUGAUGACGAGGACAACCAAAGUAACAAAUGGAACUGUUCGAUAUGCACUUAUGCCAAUCACCCUGCCCUGGACCUUUGUGAAAUGUGCUUUCAUUCCAGGCCUCGCCCUGCAGAUGGAUAAUCGCAUCAUUUAUCUACAUUCCAAGGCAGUUAUUUAAAGCUCAAACAUUUUCUGCUGGUCGGAAAAAAGUGUACAUAGCGUCGAUAAUAAGCACGCACGUAGUCCCACAGUGUAUUAGAUUUUAUAUGAAAAUAAUACUUAAUUGUGUCAAAUUGGUGUUGUUCGUUGUUAAUUCGCUCGUUAAAA